UUGAGAGACUCGCAUGGGUUUGUUUUGAAUGGUGUCUGUUUGAAAGCUCUGCUGUUGCUAUCGUUCGUCUCAAUUUAAAACCCCCAGCAUUUGCGGAAAUAUGUUGCCCACGGAUGGAGUCAUGUCUUUUCCCGGUCAGACGUGGGAAAAAGUGCUGUCAAAGGUAAAAAAGGCUGUUGUUUUCAUGGAUGAUCGGUGCUCGGAGGGUCUGCACUGGAACGGAGGAGCUGCGCUUCUGUUUGAGGCUGGAGCUCGAAACAUCAAACCGUUCUCAAGCUUUGAAGCAGGCGGACAGAAUCAACCCAAAGCUGUGUUUGUGGUCAGCACCGUGCUGAAAGGUAGAACCGCAGACAUUAUCAAAGAUAUCAUUUCCCUCAGUCACUUCCAGUACUGCGUGGUUUUCACAACUGUUCCUCACUCCAUUCACCUGCUUGCGAAUAAUGUGACUACUGAUCUGGAGGGGAACCCGGUGUUUGAGCAGUUUGAAGAGAAACUGUGUGAGUGGAUGGGUGAUAUGAACUAUACCGCUGAGGUCAUGCAUGCUCCUGUGGUCUUUGCCCCUCUGACACAACAGCUCCACCUUUUGCCUGCUUUCUCUGAACUUUUCCCUUUAUUGGAAGUGGAUCUUGAGGCCAUCAAUGAGAAGAGGCCAGAGAAAAAACGAUUUGGGAGUCUGAUGGAUGUGGAUAUGCACUCUCUCCCACCUGAGUUGCAGAUUCAGAUUAAAUCCCUGGCAUCAGCCCUCAACGCCCUGUUUGAGUUCAUCAGUACCCGUGAGGAGAGCUUUUCUGUGGGUCCGAUGAGCCGUCUGAUCGCAGGGGAGCUGGCCAGUCAUCCACAGGCCAAAAACAGGAGGAAGUCAGUUCCCAAUAAAGCAUCAAUAGUGUUUAUUGAUAGAACUCUUGAUCUUACAGGAGCUGUUGGCCACCAUGGGGACAAUCUGGUUGAGAAAAUCCUAUCCGUGUUGCCACAGUUGCCAGGUCAUGUGACUGACGUUCAGGUGGACAUGCUGGAGCUCACACACCUGAAGCAGACAACUGAUACCAAGGGCAUAUUGGCACCAGGCUGCUUGGCACAGAACCAAUCUGCCACUGCACGGUUGCUGUGGGAGACAAUGCUGGUUGCUAAGCAAAAGGAGGCAGUGAUGGAAGUGAGGAGACAACUGGUCGAGGCAGCCAGCAAAGAGAACCUGCCAAUCAAAAUGAGUCUAGGGCGGGUUACAGCCGAUCAGCUUUGUUCAUAUGUGCAGUUGUUUCGGGACAGUUGGGGGGCUCUGGAAAGUCACAGUGGGGUCCUACAGCUGGGACUGGCUGCUGCUCAAGCUCUCCGUCAUCCUGCCCUCCCGCGCUGGGACGCCUGCCUUGCUUUUGAGAGACUCCUCCUGCAGGGCGAACGGAUUACUGCCGGAAACAAGACACAACCCAUUUACUCCUCACAGGAAGUUCCAGUAUCUCUCGUACUCCCUCUCACCCUCCAGUGUAAAUGCCCACACUCACAUAUACACACGCACAACAUAUAUCAACUGACCACUCACUGAUUUCAACUAACCCCCACAAACACACAAGACGUACACUCGCGUGUAGCUUAGGUCCUCCUUACACACCUGACCUCCUCUAACAGCUGUGUUUGUGAAGUAACAUCCUGCAUGGAUUUGUUUCUCAGUGCCUUUGCAUAUGACCUGCACAUAUAUGGCAAUCU